AGCCGCCCGGCGUGCCAAAGCGACCCUCGCUGCGGUGCCGUCCUCCGCCGCCCGCCGCCAUGGACGUGUGCCCCCCGCGCCGGCUGGGGCUCCCCCGCGCGCGGUCCUCCGGUAGCUCCAGCCGCGGGCCGCCUUCCGUCAGCUGCAGCCGACUCCGGCAGGUUCAGAGAAUCUUGACCCAGAGCAGCAAGUCUCAGCCCGACGGGAUCCUCUGCAUCCUAGGAAUCGAUAGCAGGUACAAUGAAGGCUGCAGAGAGCUGGCAAAUUAUCUUCUGUUUGGUUUGUACAAUCAGAAUACCAGCGAUUUUGAGAAAACAGGAUUUUCUGAAGAAGUUCUAGAUGAUGUAAUUAUAUUGAUUAAAUCGGAUAGUGUCCAUCUGUACUGUAAUCCUGUAAACUAUCGCUAUCUUUUACCCUAUGUGGCACAUUGGAGAAAUCUGCAUUUCCACUGCAUGACUGAAAAUGAGUAUGAAGAUGAAGAAGCUGCAGAAGAAUUUAAAAUUGCCAGCUUUGUGGAUAUGGUUCGAGACUGUAGUAGAAUUGGCAUUCCUUACAGCUCUCAAGGUCACUUGCAGAUAUUUGAUAUGUUUGUGGUGGAGAAGUGGCCAAUUGUACAAGCCUUUGCCCUUGAGGGCAUUGGAGGGGAUGGAUUUUUUACCAUGAAAUAUGAGUUGCAGGAUGUGAGUUUGAGUUUAUGGAAUGUCUACAGCAAGAUGGAUCCUGUGUCUCUGGAGAAUUUGCUUUCAGAAGAUUUGGUGGCUUUUGAACAUCAGUGGACUAGCUUCUUUGCUAAUUUUGACACAGAAAUUCCUUUCCUCCUGGAACUUUCAGAAUCUCAAGCGGGUGAGCCAUUCAGAAGUUACUUCAGUCAUGGAAUGAUCUCAAGCCAUAUAACUGAAAAUAGCCCUAAUAGACAGCCAUUCGUUCUCUUUGGUAAUCACUCUACACGAGAAAACCUGAAUGCUGGCAACUUUAACUUCCCUUCCGAAGGGCACCUUGUACGCAGCACUGGUCCUGGUGGGAGCUUUGCCAAGCACAUGGUAGCACAGUGUGUGUCGCCAAAGGGACCACUUGCUUGCUCGAGAACAUUCUUUUUUGGAGCUACUCAUGUUCCUUACUUGGGCGAUGACAGCAAACUGCCCAAGAAAACUGAACAAAUUAGGCUCUUGUCCCAGGUAUAUGCUGCUGUUAUUGAGGCUGUUUUGGCUGGCAUUGCAUGUUACGCUAAAACUUCCAGUCUAACAAAGGCCAAGGAGGUAGCAGAGCAGACCCUGGGAUCUGGGUUAGAUUCCUUUGAGUUGAUUCAGUUUAAGGCAGCCCUGCGCUCUAAGAUGACUUUUCAUAUACAUGCUGUGAAUAACCAAGGAAGAAUUGUGCCUCUGGAUAGUGAAGAUAGCCUAUCUUUUGUGAAGACGGCUUGUAUGACUGUCUAUGACAUUCCUGACUUGCUGGGAGGAAAGGGGUGCUUAGGAUCUGUGGUUUUCUCAGAAUCGUUUUUGACAUCUCAGAUCUUGGUUAAAGAAAAGGAUGGCACUGUUACCACAGAAACCAGCUCCAUAGUCCUGACGGCUGCUGUACCCAGAUUCUGCUCCUGGCUGGUGGAAGAUAAUGAAGUAAAACUGUCUGAGAAAACCCAGCAAGCAGUAAGGGGGGAUGAAUGUUUCCUGGGUACUUUUCUAAUAGGAGGAGAAGGAGCAUAUCUUUAUUCCGGCAAUCUACAGUCCUGGCCUGAGGAAGGGAAUCUGCAUUUCUUCUCUAAUGGCCUUCUGUUUUCUCACUGUCAUCACGGAAGUAUCAUCAUUUCCAAGGAUCACAUGAACUCCAUUUCCUUCUUUGAUGGGGAUUCCACCAGUGUUGUUGCUGCCCUUCUCAUAGACUUCAAAAGCUCAUUGCUUCCUCAUCUCCCAGUUCACUUCCAUGGAUCAAGCAAUUUUCUGAUGAUUGUCUUUUUCCCCAAAUCAAAGAUAUACCAAGCAUUUUACUCAGAGGUCUUCUCCCCCUGGCAACAGCAGGAUAACUCAGGGCUCUCUUUAAAAGUGAUCCAGGAAGAUGGAUUAUCUGUGGAACAAAAGAGAUUGCACACCAGUGCACAGAAGCUCUUCAGUGCCCUGAGCCAUCCUGCUGGGGAGAAACGGAGUUCGCUAAAGCUACUCUCAGCCAAACUCCCAGAGCUGGACUGGUUUCUCCAGCAUUUUGCUGUUAGCAGCAUUAGUCGGGAGCCUGUGAUGCGGACCCAUCUUCCUAUCCUGCUACUGCAAGCUGGAAUCAACCCUACCCACACGGUAGAAAAUGAUAAGGUGAUUAUCAGCAUCGUAACCGGCCUCCCAGGCUGUCAUGCUAGCGAGCUCUGUGCUUUUCUGGUCACCCUGCAUAAGGAAUAUGGCAGGUGGAUGGUGUACCGCCAAGUCAUGGACAGCUCUGAAUGUUUUCAUGCUGCCCACUUCCAGAGAUACCUUUCUAGUGCCCUGGAGGCCCAGCAGAACCGCUCUGCCCGCCAGUCAGCCUACAUCCGCAAGAAGACCAGAUUGCUGGUGGUGUUACAAGGUUACACAGAUGUUAUUGAUGUUGUCCAGGCCCUGCAGACCCACCCAGACUCAAAUGUCAAGUCCUCCUUCAGCAUUGGUGCCAUCACAGCAUGUGUGGAACCCCUGAGCUGCUACAUGGAGCACAGAUUUCUGUUCCCUAAAUUUCUCGACCAGUGUUCACAAGGCCUGGUGAGUAAUGUGGUGUUCACUAGUCAUACCAUGGAGCAGCGGCACCCUCUUCUUGUUCAGCUACAGAGCCUCAUCAGGGCUGCGAAUCCUACUGCAGCCUUCAUUCUUGCAGAAAAUGGAAUUGUCACCAGGAAUGAAGAUAUUGAGCUGAUUCUCUCAGAAAAUAGUUUUUCAAGUCCUCAGAUGCUACGAUCUCGAUAUUUAAUGUACCCUGGCUGGUAUGAAGGUAAAUUUGAUGCUGGCUCAGUCUUUCCAUUAAUGGUUCAGAUCUGCGUUUGGUUUGGCCGUCCUUUGGAGAAAACGCGCUUUGUGGCCAAAUGUAAAGCAAUUCAGUCCUCCAUCAAGCAAAGUCCCUUCUCUGGAAACAUCUACCACAUCCUGGGCAAAGUGAAGUUUUCAGACUCUGAGAGGACCAUGGAGGUCUGCCACAACACCCUGGCCAACUCCUUGAGCAUCAUGCCUGUUUUGGAGGGACCUACACCACCACCCGACUUCAGAAGCACACCUCAAGAUGGCAGCGGGCAGCAGGAGUGCUACCUCGUGUUCAUCGGCUGCUCCCUGAAGGAAGAUGGCGUCAAGGACUGGCUGCGGCAGUCAGCUAAGCAGAAGCCUCAGAGAAAAGCCCUGAAGACCAGGGGGAUGCUGACCCAGCAGGAGAUUAGGAACAUCCACGUGAAACGCCACCUGGACCCCCUACCUGCAGGCUACUUUUAUAAUGGUACCCAGUUUGUCAACUUCUUUGGUGACAAGACUGAUUUUCACCCACUCAUGGACCAGUUCAUGAAUGACUACGUGGAAGAAGCCAACCGGGAAAUCGAGAAGUACAACCGGGAGCUAGAGCAGCAGGAGUAUCAUGACCUCUUCGAGCAGAAGCCCUAGAGGAAGGCUGGACCUGUGCAUCCUGCGGGACGUCUGCCCUGGAGAUGGAGGAAUGAGUGUCCUAGCCUCGCCUCUCCCCCAGACCCCUCCCUGAAGGGACUAUCUUUGUUCUCCUUGGCUGUGUGUGCUGGCUUGAGUGCAUGUUGUCUCUGUCUCUGUACAGCGCUGAAGAGCAUCACCUGCACCACUGAUGGGGGUGGGGGAAAACUCAAGUAUGAGCAGAUGGGGCUUGCCCUGUGCAUAUGGCUGGCAGGCCAGGAGCUGUGCAUCCUGGUAACAGUAUCUCCUCUGGGCUGUUAAGACACUCACUGUGUGAGGUUGGGGAGAAGCAUGUGGAUUGCACAGAGGAGUUUCUGGGACUUAGAAGAAACCCUGCUGCCCAAACUGUGGCCGUGCGUGGGGAACCAGGCCUCCAUAGGCGUCAGGCCUCAGAUGCUGCAUCCCCAGUGGAGCGCCUGCAUCCCCUGCCUAGGCCCCUUCCAUUGAAGAAGCUGGCCCUACUGGCCGUGGGCCCCAUCCUGGGGGGAGCUGCAUAAGCCCUGCCCAAACCCCACCCACGGAGCCAGGGGUGAAAUGAGGGGAUUUUCCUUACGGACUAAACUGAAGGAGAGGCACGUUGCUUUCCAGAAGUUGCGUGGCUCUUAAGUUGCCACCAGCAUCCCCUCUUGCGGCAUCGUUUCAGGCUUGCUUCGUUCAGGGAUAAGUGUGAGCCUUCUGCCCAAGCCCCACAAGGUUCGCUUCACUGUGGAGGGGAGCGUCCUGCAGCCCGCUAGUCUUGGGCCUGGUGUUUCAUCACUUGUAGGAUCAAUCCAGCCCCAGCCCUCCCAGCCUUGCAGGGAAGGCUGCUUUUCAGCCACAAACUUCAGGAAAUUCAUGCCCCCCAGCAUUGUUGCUGGCCCUGGGCUUGUUUGGCUCCUGAGAACCAGGAAUUUCAAAGAAUUCCAGUACCCAUGUUAGAAUUCCUUCCAGUGGCAUUGUUUUCAGCAGAACCAUAAAGCAGAAGCUAAUAACAAGUAUGUCCCAUGUCCGACAGGGGAGUUACUGGCACUGAUGCUUAGGUGAUGUCUAUUACGACUUCAGUGCCUCAGCUGCCUGGAUUGUAAAUGUUUUCUAAAUUUCACUUGUUUUUUUUUUGCAUGCCUUAGGAAGAAGCACAUAGGUAAAACCAGCAAAGUUUCUAGUAAUGUAGAGGGCUUUUCAAGAAAGGCCCCUGGAGCAGAGGAGAGACAGGAUGGAGCACAUGUGGUUGGUGUGCCUGGUCACACAGAGGCCUGCUUGCAAGUAGCAAAGCAAGUAGGAUUUGACAAUAAAAUACCUGUAUUAAAGAAAAACAAUUUGUAUUUGAAGCCAAAUGAACAAAAUCCCAGAUACCAUUGAAUAAGAAAUCUUGCAUCAAGAAAGGCUUCCGAAAAGGCCCAUGUGCUCUAACCCCAGCUCCAAAAGCCACUGGUGACAAGGGCCCCAUGUGGAGCCCACGUCUGGAGGCCCCUGAGUCCUGGCUGGCCAGAGGCCAGGGUCCUUGAAGGACUUACCUCUGCUUCAGAAUCAGUAACAUAGAUCUUAAGUGCAAUUGAUGAAUAAGCAAUGAGUUACUGUAGCUUCCUUUAGCUCUACCGAGCUCUUUUUAAAAACUCAAACUUGAGCAGCCUUAGAAAAGGGGGGGGGGAGGGAGUGGGAGACACAGGCCAAUUCUUCCACGUGGGUUGCUGUGAAGUUUUUAAUGAAAGCUCCGGAUCUGGGAGCUUGAGCCAUUUCUGGCUGCCUGGCCUGGCAGCCUGGCUGCUGCACAGGAGUUUUUAAAGAGGGUUCGGAGCCUACCCAUAGAGCAGGUCUCCCACCACGUGGGAUGUACUGCGUGGCGAUCUCGUUUCUGAUUGAUGUCCAUAGCAAUGCUCUCUCACCAACCUGCCCCACUGUCCCAAUUCCUCUUCUAUUAGAGGAAGAACUGUGAUUACCUCAACUUGCAUAUGAAACUGUGAUUGAAAAAGUCAAAACAUUAAGUAUCAAAGCCAAAAAAGGCAGAACUGGCUGAGGCCUCUGUGGACGUUCCUCAACCUGCUCGGGAGUGUGAAGGGGCAUACUGGCGACAGGGCAUUCCUCGGGCUGCUUGCUCUGCCUCGUGAGGAAGCACCUAGCGGCACUGUGUGAGCUCUUUGAGGACUGCGGCCGGGCCUCCUCUUGUCCGGCACCUGGCCUGCUGGAAUCCAUGGGCCUCUUGGUUCUGACUGUGAAGUUUCGUGUCCAUUUGACUCCUCCAGGCGGUGCUCCCGGUGGGGGAGCAGAUUUUCCACUGCCUCCAGAGGAAAGGCCGCGACACUGUGUUUUAGGUUUUGACCACAGAAGUGGAUACCAGGGACCCAGCAAAGACAUCAGGGACAGGCAGAGUCCUCCAGGGGCUUACGUGCUUUUUGCCAACUUUCCUGUUAGCAGCUUCAGUUUUAUAUCACCCCGAGUGUGUGUGAUAGUGUUGAAGUCGCUGAAGUUAUGGGUUCUUUUAUGUUUUGAUGUGGGAUUUUCUUUUUUUUGAUUAGCAGGAGGAGGCAGAAAUUGUAGAAAAUGGGAUUACCCUAGGAAGGGGCCACUGCGGGGAGACAUGCUGACCCCUCUGAGCCCUAGGGGCUCUCUGACCUGAAGCCUGGACUCUGGGCCCUUUGGGCUGCAAGGAAAGGUUCCCUCCUAAAUUCUGUUAGGAUUUUGGAGAAUUUUUGCACAGUAAUAAGCUCUGAGUUGCUCUUUGGGCUUCUCAAAAGGGAAAAGUUUAACUCAAAGAUUGUAAGCUAUUAAGUAUUCCAGCCGUGUUGCUGACCUAGUUGGAUAGUCGUACCUCAAAAAGUAGGUGAGAAAUGGCUUCCUCAUUGUCCCAGGAUGUCAAAUACUAAUGACAUAAGAGCUCACUUACGUGCCAAAAUUCACUUUUAUACUAGUUUUUCAGUGCUUUAAUAUUUGUAACUUAAAUUUUAAAACUCAUAUUUACAAACACUACUGUAACUUCAGUGAAACUGAAUUGUGUGAUUGAAGCUUUUUGCUUAUUAUAGUAUUUAUUACACUACUUAAUUCAGUAAAUAUAUCAAAGUAGCCUUCGAUUUAUUUUUAUAUUAUUUUACAUGUUUUUACCUGCAGUUGUGUAAGUGAAUUUACCUUGGUAAUUUAAAUGUAAUGCUAAGGACCAAUAAACUCACUGAACAAGCAAA